AUGACAGAGUGUCCGACUGCAUGUUUAUUAGAUCUAUCAGAACCUGUAGUUGAAGAUCAAACUUCUCCAGAGAAAGACAGUCAUCCUUCAAUACCAGAUGAUAGUGAAUUAUUAUUUAAUGGAGAAGAGGUUCUAAUUCCUGAUCUAUCAGAUAAAUCUAAUAGUAAUAAUAACAAUAGCCUGGUUCCCUUAUUUGAUCCUGAUAAUCUUCCAGUGGUGGAAGAUACCUGGUUAGAUAAAGAAACUUUUGAUUUUGAUGUUGUUCUUUCUCCUAGUGAAAAUAAAAAGCCAGAAAAUUAUGAUGAAGAUGAAGAGAUAUUCUUUGGUCCGAUGGGAUUCACUGAGAAAUGUGUUGCAGCAGUGGUAGCAGCACAAACACCAGUGAAACCAAUGAGUCCACUAAACCCUCAACAACUUGCUGAAAUGAUUAAAGAAGCUCAUGGAGUAGCUUGUUUAUUUUCUAACAUGAAUUUCAAAUCUGGUUCCAGUUCAGAUGAUGGUGUUUCACCUCAAAAACGAAUUCUGAACACAAAGUUAUUUGCCAAAAGUCCUAAACAUAAUAGAACUUUUACCAGGGAAAAUGACAGUGAAAAUAUUAAUCCAAACCCAAUUGAAAAUAAUCAUGUACGAACUGGAACAUUUACAAAAGACAUGGACGUGAAGUCUUUGAAAAAUUCAACAAAGGAGCCGUUGAAAGAAUCAAAUGUAAAUAUUACUAAAGAUGUCAAACCUGAAAGUAAAUUAAGAAAAAUCAGUGGUAUUCAGAAGCCAGGGUUAAAACCAGCUUAUUCUAAAUUACCCAAAUCUCGGAGUGCGUCAAAUCUACCCAAGGCUAUGAGUAGUGAUAAUUUAUUAGAUAUAACAGGAGAGUCAGUAAGACAGAGAUAUAAGUCUGGUGACAGUGAGGCGUCAGAAUGUAGUAUACUCAGUGAUACUAGUGAGGCUUCUGUAACCAAACUACCUGCUUCAAGAACUGGUCUUAAUAAACUGAAGGCUCCAUUGACCACAGGAAAGAAACUACAAGCUCCAAUGAUAAAACCCAGCUUGACCAAUCUGAAAAAGGGCACUAACAGCAAAUUAACAGUCAAAAAUAUUUCAAGGCAAAAGGGACCAAUGAAAUCCAACCAUACUAGAACUACCUCUAAUUCAAGUCUGGAUUCAGUUUCAUCACAAUCUUCCAGUAUCUCCAAUUCUUCUUUUAUGUCUGCUAGUUCUAACAUAGGACAACCAAUAAUCAUGUCUAGAGUAGCCUCAGCUUCUAAGACAAAUAAAGGACCAUUGACUAAACUAGGUGGAUUGAUAAAACCAGCUCUACAGAAAGUUACCCAAAGUGAUACCCGUAGAUCCUUAAAUGGACCAAUGAAAGCUAUGGCUGCUUCCAAACCAAGUGGAUUUCAAAAUAGAUCUUUUCAAGAACGCAAACCAAAGUCUGAUUCAGCUCCAGUGAUCACACCUGUAAAACAAGAUAAAGCUGUCAAACCAAAACGCUUGUCAUCAACCAUGGGCAGUAUGGGUAAAUCAAGCUCUCUUGGUUCAACAGGAUCUUCUGGUUCUGUGACUGAAAGCACUCCAACAUCAACUCGUAAACGUCACUCUUUACUUCCAACACCAUCUAAAUCUCGGCCUAGUUCAACUAGCUCUGUACCUCCCAGCCCUCUAUCUUGCCGUAGUAGUAAUAGUAGUAUUAAUUCUAGUGUAACAUCCUGGCUCGGUGCUUCCAUUAGUGAUACUAAUGAUUCACCAGUUUUUGAAACAGAUACAAUUAAAAAACUUCCAGUCAAAGGUUUAGUGAGAGAAUCUCCUAGUGUGAUGAAGCCAAGGAAGAAAUUGGUACAGAAUACACCAGAUAUUCCUGUUAAAAAGCCUUAUAGAUGGUCACCUUUAGUUCGUAAAAAAAUGGACCCACAAGACCAAGCCUUACACUGCACUAAACGUGCGACAAAAAAUUAA